AUGGCUAGCCCUAUCUACCUCGGUGUCAUUGGCGUCGGCGGCGUCGGAACUGCUUUCCUGAACCAACUCGCCCGUCUCCCCAACGCUCCCCAGCUCGUCCUCCUCGCCCGCUCCACGCAGACCCUCCUCUCGCCGACACCGGCCUACUCGCCCUCCAUCCCCGCCACGUCCGACUGGAAGACCGCCGUCGAGACGCCCUCGCUCACCAAGUCCGGCCCUCUCUCCGCCGACGAGAUCGCCGCCUACCUCUCCGCCGCCCCCGGCCGCUCCAUCCUCGUCGACAACACCAGCGACCCCGCCCUCGCCGGCUCCUACCCCGUCUUCCUGCGCAAGGGCAUCUCCGUCGUCACCCCCAACAAGAAGGGCUUCUCGUCCGACCUCACCCUGUGGAAGGACAUCUUCUCCGCCGCCGCCCAGGGCCAGGCCCUCGUCUACCACGAGAGCACCGUCGGCGCCGGCCUCCCCGUCAUCUCGACCCUGCGCGACCUGGUCGCCACCGGUGACGAGGUGACUCGCAUCGAGGGUGUCUUCUCCGGCACGCUCUCCUUCCUGUUCAACACCUUCGCGCCCCUGGCCGCCGGCGGCGCGUCCGCCAAAUGGAGCGAGGUCGUCGCCCAGGCCAAGGAGCUGGGCUACACCGAGCCCGACCCCCGCGACGACCUGAACGGCAUGGACGUGGCGCGCAAGCUGACCAUCCUGGCCCGCAUCGCCGGCCUAGACGUCCAGGCCCCCGACUCGUUCCCCAUCGAGUCGCUGAUCCCCGCUGAGCUGGCCUCGCUGCCCUCCACCGCCGACGGCAUCACGCAAUUCAUGACCCGCCUGCCCGAGUUCGACGGCCAGAUGUCCGCCGUCAAGGAGGGCGCCGAGAAGCAGGGCAAGGUGGUGCGAUAUGUCGGCAGCAUCGACGUCGCCAAGAAGGAGGUGCGCGUGGGCCUGCAGCAGUUCGAUCGCGACAGCGCCAUUGCCGGCCUCAAGGGCAGCGACAAUAUCAUCAACUUCUACACCAAGCGGUACGGCGGUAACCCGUUGAUCGUGCAGGGCGCCGGCGCCGGUGGCGACGUCACCGCCAUGGGUGUCACUGCCGAUCUGAUCAAGGUGAUCGAGCGGUUGCGUUAG